CAGGAGGAUCUGUCUGAUAGGACUCUGAUCCCCCAGCUACUGUAUCUGACCCACUGAGCUGAGAUGAAAUGCUUUGUCAUCAUCCAUUUAAUCACAGAGAGCCACAAUUUCAGAUCGUGAUCACGGAGCAACAGUAGUGAUUCUGCUCCUCUCAUCUCGCACUGUCACAAAUGUCUGAACACAUCAAGGUCUCUCUGAGCUUUCAAUAACCAGGCUAACCAGAUGAGCAAAGGGACAAAAGAAAAAAAGUGGAAGAGCCAGACAGAGGGAGUGAAGAAAAGUGGAAACACAAAAGGGAGUAAUUUAUAGUGAGAUAUGACUGGUUGUGUUUCAAUAUGUUGUUGCUCAUUACGAUUCAUAGUUCAUGUUUUUCAUUGCUUGUCCCCCACAAGGCAUCUGUGAGCAUCAGCCAAAAUAUGUACUGUACCACUCACUGAGGCACACAGACAUGGAGGGAGGGGAGGAAUAGCAAUGGAUGGAUUUGAGAGGGGCGGACCAAAAGAGGCAUGCAGCUUGCAGCAUGUGUGCACACUGUGCUGCCUUCAGGAGCUGUCAGAAAUGAUACACUCAAAUGAUCCAGCAGUGAAAUUUCCAUGAUUCCUGAAUGGCCAAGAAGUUAUUUGUGAUAUUGUUUGAGAAUCAAGUUGGGUUAUAUGUAUCAGUGUGAAUACAAGGGUUAAGGGUUAUUUUUAUUAAGACAGAUCGAAGCCCAGUAGAGUAAAGGUGAUUAAUUUCACAUUGGGGUAUUGUAUGGUUGUCCUGCCAGGAGGAAUAACUGAUGAUCAAGUCAAGAUUCAGGUGUUCCUUACAAUCUACAUUAUGUGAUGAGAGGCAAAAAUGUUGAAACCCUAAUUCAAAGCAUUGGAUUUUACUAGUAGAUAAUUUUGACCAAGUAUAAUUGUAAUACAUACAUACACAAAUGUAUUUUAUUUCAGUUUUAUGGCAGGAAUAGGCUAAUAUAUAUUUGUUCUAAUUUGAGUAAAAAAUAAUAUUUAUUAUGGAAGCCAAACUUCUACACCCUAUACAGCAUGUAGAACAUGUUUUGAUUAGCCACCAAGUAAAAACAGUUGAACUAAAAGAAAUAAAAGUGUCAAUUAACAACAAAGUAGAACUGGGCACAGGUUCAUGGAAUAAUGCAGGACAGCCUUACUCGAUGUUAUACUUUAAAAUACAUAGAUUCAUUUAUUCAGCUACCAUCUCUAAAGACAGUGUCAGAAAUGUGUCAUUUGCUCUGGAUGUUUUCAUACUUUUGUGUCAUUCAGAAACACUUAUUUUGGCUUGUUGAAAUUUCUGACACAGACAGUCAGAUUUUUCCUUCACCUCAGACAACAAAGCCAGAUUCAAUAUGGAGCUGUGUCCAUUUAAUAUUAUCAGUCAAAUGUAUUGUCUUAAUAUGCCCUGGGUCAAACUUAAACAAGAUGCACACCCCUUGGACGAUGAAAUUGGUUUCUUCCAAAAAACAAACAAACAAAAAAUGGCGUCAGAGCUCGUUGUCGCACAUUAACAGAUGUUGCUAAGCAGCUACAGUUAAACGAUGUUUUGUGGGAAUAAAUUGUUGUUAUACACACUUAAAUUAAUUUGAGAAAUGUAAUUUGGCUAGCAAAAUAGUUGGCUAGAACCAGAAGUCAAAUAUACCUCAGCGCAGUUCUUUAGCUCUCUGGCUAACCCUUACACUAGCCAGUCAUGAGUUGUGUUAGCAUGCUAUCUUUUAAUUAAACUGGCCUUUUUUUUAUACGCGAGUAUCGGAUGGUGAGGAUUACGAGGGGCGCCUGAAAGCAGCGCGGGGGAGAGAGCGAGAGAGAGAGCGAACUGGCUGACAGAGGGGGGAAGGGGAGGCUCACUGAGCGAUAGAUUUGGAUGGAGCAGCGGAGGAACCGAACCGUAUGUGUGACAGUCAGCCUGAAGACAGAGAGGAACACGUAGAGAAGAGGUGUUGUGACUGAACCCGGCGCCGGGAUCAGAGAGCGACGCGCCGCGGAGGGGAAUACGCACGCCGGGGCUGAGAGGAGCCUCCACAAGCUGCGUCUGCAAUUCUUCACCUUGGUCGUACGCGAGGAACAGAAGGACUCCAGUGGAGGGAACCCACUGGCUUUGUUCUCCCUCCCUCCCUGCUCUCCCCCCUCUCUGCACCCUCCUGCCUCCUCUGAAUGAUUGAAGCCAUGCCCAUCGUGUCUGCAAGCACAGGGCUGCAUGAGACUCUGGCCCUGCUCACCUCUCAGCUCCACCCUGAUGCCAACCACAAAGAGGACCUGGUUUUCCUCAAAGAUGUCUUCAGCGAGAGGAGCCUCGGUUACCUCAUGAAGAUCCACGACAAACUGAGGCAGUAUGAGAAACACAGCCCGACUCCAGUCCUACACAGCGCCUCCUGUCUGGCAGAGGAUCUGGCAGAAGAGCUGCAGAACGGAGUGAUGGAGGACGAUGAGAGAGAACUACUUCUCCUGCUGACCACUCCUCACCUCAAGGCGGUGCUGUCCGCCCAUGACACAGUGGCCCAAAAGAACUUCGACCCAGUGCUGCCGCCCCUGCCGGAGGAUCUGGAUGACGACUUGGAGGAAGAGUCAGUCAAGAUUGUCCGCCUGGUGAAGAACAAGGAGCCCCUGGGAGCAACAAUCCGGAGAGACGAGGUGACAGGAGCUGUGAUCGUGGCCAGAAUCAUGAGGGGAGGAGCAGCUGACCGCAGUGGUCUGGUGCAUGUGGGCGAUGAGCUUCGAGAGGUCAAUGGAAACCUGAUAACCCACAAAAGGCCAGAUGAAAUUAGUCAGAUACUGUCCCAGUCUCAAGGCUCCAUCACACUGAAGAUUAUCCCAGCUGUUGCGGAAGAAGACAAGCUGAAGGAAAGCAGGGUCUACCUUCGGGCGUUGUUUGACUACACGCCCUACGAGGACAAGGCCACGCCCUGCCAAGAGGCGGGACUUCCUUUUAAGAGGCGGGACAUCCUUCAGGUUGUGAGCCAGGAGGACGGCACCUGGUGGCAGGCCAAGAAGGUGGGCGACAGUAACCUGCGUGCAGCCCUUGUCCCAUCUACACAGUUCCAGGAGAGACGCCUGAGAUACCGGAUGAAAAUGGGUUCCUUCCCUACCCCGACAUCCCUUAAACCUCCGACAUAUGAUCGUGCUGAGAGAGAAGACAGUGACAGUGAGGGUGCUCUGAAUGGAAAGGACAUAGUUUCUCCCAAGAGGGCAGCCCCUGCCUUCUGUGGCCAUGCCUUCUCAUGGGAUUUUUACUCAGCUGGCCUGCGCCGAAGUUUCCGUCUCAGAAAAGAUCGCCAGAGCUCGCCCGGAGAGCCUCAAACCCCUGACGCCAAUCACCCGGAGUUCCUGAUUUAUGAGGAAGUGACACAGUAUCGUCCCCGUCCUGGUGAAAGGCCUCGACUUAUAGUGCUGAUAGGGUCUCUGGGGGCUCGGAUCACUGAGCUCAAACAGAAGGUGAUUGCUGAAAAUCCUCGACGCUACGGUUUGGCUGUGCCUCACACCACUCGAGCCAGAAAGUGUCACGAGAGAGAAGGAGUUGAGUACCACUUCAUCACUAAAGCUACUUUCGAGGCAGACAUCCAGAAUGGCAAAUUUAUUGAAUAUGGGGAGUACAAAGAGAACCUGUAUGGCACCAGUUUGGAGUCGAUUCACAGAAUUCUGGAUCAGAAAAAGGCUUGUCUGGUGGAUUUGCAGCCAGAGGUCCUGAAGACUCUACGUACCGCUGAGUUCAAACCAUAUGUCAUCUUUGUGAGGCCUCGCAUCUAUGAUAGUCAAAGGAAACUACUCGGCUCCUCUUCCUCGCUCAGUGCAGGGGUCACGGAGGACGACCUACAGGAGAUAAAACAGUCAGCCGAGCGGAUGGACGAGUGCUACGGCCAUUGGGUGGACUACGUCUUGGUGAAGGAGGACCCGGCCAGUGCCUUAGCUGAGCUCCAGGCCGUACUGGAGAGAGUCCAGGUGGAGCCUCAGUGGGUGCCUGUGUCCUGGCUGAGGAGCUAACCUGUUGACGGAGCUCGACUGGUUCACGUUGGACCUGUCAAUCACUUGUGUUUGCGUGUGCGGAGGACAGACGAACUGUGAGAUGCCUCCUGAAUGUUGGAAUGAUCCAGUGUUUACUGCCAUACUAACCAUUCCACAAACGCAGGCUUGUGAUAGUUGGCAAGUCAGUAUUAUAAAACAUCUGCAAAGACUGGAGGGUACAUCCCAAGUCUCUUAUUUGAUAUUUCCUCACUUGAACCAGAAGUUGUUCUGGUCUGCCGUCCCCUGUAUUUCUGCUCCAAGGAGCUAGGAGGGAUCUUAGUUUGUAUAUGCUUAAUUCCUUUCCUCAGCUUCUCUCCCAGCUACGAUGCGAGGAAGAGACAUAAGGAGAGUUAAGGCAACAGGCAUUUAACAAAAUAAAACAUCAGUGUUUCUCAGCCGUAUUUUAAGGCCACAUCAUUCAAAAUACGUUGGGUGGCACAGCUGUGUCGUCUGUCCAUUGUUUUGUUGUAGUCUUAACGCUGUGUGAGCAUUACAGAGCAUUACAACUUAAAUAUUUACAUGUAAUUCAAUUCACAAUGUGCCGACAUGAGUGAUAUCAAGGUGUGUUAUCAUUGAGGAAUGUGGCAGACAGUGAAGGCAAGAAAGUUUGAUCCUCUUUUACAUCAUCUUAAAUGAGACUACAACUUGUGAAUACAAAGGAACGUCUGUAGAGUCCUGCAUAGUUCCAUAAUGUUCCUCGUUCAUAGCUCCUCCAGGAAGCCUCUCUCCUCUAGAUGCUGAGACUGAUUUCCAGGUCACAGACAGGAGAGGAUGCACAAAAUAGAAGAAUAAUAAAGUAGCUCCUGGCGUCUCUCCAUUCUCUCUCAGUGGGGACGAAUGCUGUGCUCCAGUCAGUGACUGAAGUCAGAAUUUCCUUGUUUAAAGGAAACGCCGUAGAUUAACAAAAACUACAGAGUGAUGUCUCUUUGGCCAUCAGCAGUGCAGCCUCGUUGCAUAUAUAAACAGGAGUGAAAAUGGUAGACGAUGCCAUUGUGCAUGUUAUUUUAUGCCACUUUUGUACCCAGGACCUAAAUAUUCUGUUCAUUUGCCCCUUGUCUUCAGACAACUGCAUCCUCAUGAUGUUGGGAUGUAUGGAUUUGUCCUAUUUUCAAUUAUCUGGAAUGCAGUGAAAAACAUGGAUGUAAUUUAUGAUACUUGGGAUGUACCUGUAAGCUGCUUUCCCCCCCCAUCAGUCUGAGCAUCGAACAAGCCUUUCUGUUUAAGAUUCUUCAGUAUAAAAUGACUGUAUAUCUCACCUGUACAAUGGCAGUGUAACAGCUGACAGGCAUGUCGUACAUGCAUGUAGGAUAAAGAUCCAUAGUCAAAGAUCUGCACUCUGUAUGAUCAGUCAUGUGAGACGUCUACUGUAAUAGCAGCUACAAUGUGAAGUGCCAUAUCCAGCAUUUACAACAUCAUUGUGAAAUGAAAAGACUACAUCCGCUCCUGCUGGAGACUGUACUCAUGUUACCUGACUUCAACGUCUGAAUUAAACAAGACAAGCGUGUUGAA